AUGCGGCUUGAAACAGUUCUUUCAGGUAUUCCGUUGACCAGGAGCGCUUUGAGCAAAGAGUACUGGCAAAAUGAUAACAGUGAGCACAAUUUAUUAAAAUAUAUGGGGGGAAUGGGUCCAUAUGUUCAAGGACAUGGAUAUGGUUUGGAAUAUGAUGAAAAUGCUUUUGAUGUGGAACAGGUAUUUAUCUUUGCCCGACAUGGUGAACGAUACCCAACAACAUCGUUAAAUAACGAUCUUCGGAAAACUUUUGAUAAACUCAAAGGUGCACAAGUCGACAAUUAUGUGGGUCCGAUGUCAUUUGUUAAGGACUGGACAUACUUUGUUGAAAAUGACACCUUGCUCGAGCAAGAAACGAAUACUUCGUGCUUUUCUGGAUUGCAAGAUAUGUAUAAUUUUGGGGCAGAGAUACGAAGAAAGUAUGGUAAUCUCAUUGAUGAUGAAGCCACAAUCCCAUUGUUUGCAUCAGGCUCAAAAAGGGUUUGUGAUUCAGCCACAGCAUUUGGUAAAGGCUUUGGUAAGGGAUUUGAUAACGACCAGAACCAGUAUAAGCUUAUAAUUUUGCCUGAGAAGCGAUCACAGGGUGCUAACACAUUAACCAGUGGUAGAAGUUGCAAACCGUAUCAUAAAAAGCAAGGUUACACACAGAAAUACAUCGCAAAGACUUUGGUUGAGGAAUCAAAGCGGCUCAAUAGAGAAUCACCAGGGUUCAAUAUCACAUCGGAGGACGUGACUAAUCUUAUUAGAUACUGUGCAUUCGAAUUGAAUGCCAAAGGAUCUAGUGAAGUUUGUAACGCUCUUUCUAUGGAUGCAUUUAUUGAGCAUGAAUACAUGAGAGACACAGAGCUUUACUAUACAAAGGCCGACCAUCCACUUACAUUCACUCUUGGCUCUGUUUAUGUCAAUGCAACACUCCAAUUACUGUCAGAAAAUCCUGCAGAGCAUCAAAAUCAAAGAGUGUGGGUCAGUUUUUCGCAUGAUACCGAUCUUUUAUACUUUAUGAAUGCGAUUGGGAUUCUAGAAAACCAGCAAACUGCAUUGCCAACCGACUCAGUUGCAUUUUCACGUUUUUUCAGGACUUCGGAACUUGUUCCUAUGGGUGCAAGAAUCGUGAUUGAACAACUAGUUGAUAAAACAAAUGGGGAGAAGAUCGUCAGAAUUUUAGUUAAUGAUGCAGUUAUUCCGUUGAAAAACUGUCAGGAUGGCCCACUAUUUACCUGCAGGCUAUCAACAUUACGUCACGUGUUUUAUGAAAAGUUGAGGAAAAACGGAAGCUUUAGUAAGAGAUGCGAAGUUAAAAGCGGCAGACCAGAAUAUUUAUCUUUUUACUGGGAUUGGGUGGACGGCAAAUACUAA